AUGGCUUUCCGGGCAAUGCUAAAUGUAAUACCGUUGUCAAUGAUCUUAAUUGGUUUAUUAAACUAUGACGGAUGCCCAGCAGAACCAUAUUUACCAAAAUGGCUAAUGUGGAUGGGAGCAUUGCUAAUUAUCAAAUAUUUUAUUGAUCUGAUAGUUCAAAUUCGAAACAUUUGUAUUGGAAAGCCUAGUAUCGAAAAACCAGCUUAUAAAGCUGAACUUUCGCCAGUUGAUUGGAUUUUUGCCGGACUUGCCCUCAUGCUUUACCUUUUCGGUCUUUACUGGGUGUUGAGGUCCUAUGGUAUUGUACAGUUUACUCUGGAAGGUGAUAGUGACUUUUGCGAUCAGGUCACAUAUAUGGCAACCUUUGUUGCAAUCUCCAUCGUCACCAUAGUUUUAAUGGGUUUAUUUAUUUGUUCCUGUAUAUGCUUUAGUAUUCUUUACUGGGAGGAUAAGCAUAAUCCCCAACAAUCGGCACAAAUGAUGCAACCAAAAAAGGAGGAAGAAAAAAAAUUGACAGCUCCAAAAGCUGAAGAUGAAGAAUCUUUAUCUUCAGAGUCAUCAGCUUCCACAGAGAGACUUCAGUCCCGAUCUGUAUCCUGUAACAAUGUUACUGAAACUGCAAUUACUAUUGAAAGAAAUGAAUGA